UCCUUGUUUCCAUCAAGUAUCAAACACCACGUCAUUAUCAUGUUGUGCAUAUAAAUAAAAUAUUUCCUGUUGAGAUUCCAAAUGAACGGAUUAGUAAAAAUGUCUGGCUUUGUCUCUUCACUUCUUUGGCUGCUACUCAGCACUGCCGUAGUUCCACUCUUCUCGGCUCCUGAGAGUGCUCUGAUUACAGAGCUCUCUGGAUUCAGCGGGACUUUCCCUUCCAAACACUACGGAGGGUAUGUGACUAUUGAUGAGAACCAUGGGAGGAAUUUGUACUAUUACUUUGUGGUUUCCGAACGCAACCCGGCCAAGGAUCCCGUUGUCCUAUGGCUUAAUGGAGGCCCUGGUUGUUCCAGCUUUGAUGGAUUCAUAUACGAGCAUGGACCUUUUAAUUUUGAAAAGGGCAACUCAGGAAGCUUACCGAAGUUGCAUCUCAAUUCUUAUAGCUGGUCUAAGGUUUCUAGCGUCAUUUAUUUGGACUCUCCUGCUGGUGUUGGAUUGUCAUACUCGCUUAACAAAUCAGAUUAUACCACUGGGGAUCUAAAGACUGCUGCCGACACACAUUUGUUUCUACUGAAGUGGUUUGAACAAUAUCCGGAGUUUCUUGAGAAUCCAUUUUUCAUAUCCGGUGAAUCAUAUGCUGGGGUUUAUGUUCCAACCCUUGCUGCAGAGGUUGCCAAAGGAAUUGAAGAUGGUCAAAAGCCUAUCAUCAACUUCAAGGGCUACAUGGUGGGAAAUGGAGUGACUGACACACAAUUUGAUGGUGAUGCACUUGUACCAUUCGCACAUGGAAUGGGUCUCAUAUCAAAUGAUAUUUAUGAGGAAGUCUUUGCUGCCUGUAAAGGAAGUUACUGGAAUCCCACAAAUAUGAGCUGUCAAGACGGGCUUAUUAAGGUUGAUAGUGUAAUUGAUGACUUAAACAUAUAUGACAUCCUUGAGCCAUGCUACCACAGCACAAAAAUUAGAGGUCCUAUUUCUUCUUACAACAGGUUCCCCUCUUCUUUCAGAAGGUUGGGUGAAACUAACAGGCCUCUACCUGUGAGGAAAAGAAUGUUUGGCCGUUCUUGGCCUCUAAGGGCUCCAGUGAGAGAUGGACGUGUUCCAACAUGGCCAGAGAUAGAGAAUGGAGUUCCAUGCACGGACGACGAAGUUGCAAAUGUGUGGUUGAACAAUGAAGCAGUAAGAAACUCAAUUCAUGCCAGACCUGCUGGAGAGAUAGGUGAGUGGGUGAUAUGUACUUCAAAUAUCGAGUUUUUCCAUGAUGCUGGUAGUAUGAUUGGUUACCACAAGAACCUCACUCUGAAAGGUUAUCGUUCGCUUAUAUUUAGUGGGGACCAUGACAUGUGUGUGCCAUAUACUGGGAGUGAAGCAUGGACUAGGUCACUUGGAUACCAAAUCACUGAUGAAUGGAGGCCUUGGUAUCUGGGGGAUCAAGUUGCUGGGUAUACCCAAGGCUAUGAUCACAACCUCACCUUCCUGACCAUUAAGGGAGCUGGCCACACUGUUCCAGAGUACAAACCAGCAGAGGCGCUAGCAUUCUAUAGCCGAUUUCUUAAUGGUGGAUCUAUAUGAAAUAUGUUUUAAGAACAUAUAUAUAUAUAUAUAUAUAUAUAUAUAUAUAUUAUAUUAUAUUUAUGCCACUGCUUUUUUCCUGGUCCAGUAAAAGUAUUGUUGAACUGCAUGUUUGAAAAAGGCUUUCUUUUGCAUCAAAAACAUUUAACUAGAGAAACGCUUGAUGCAGUUAGUUGAUGAUGUUCAGACAUUAUGAAUUAUAUGAUUGGUGUCAUUCUGGGCUAUU